AUGCAAUAUGAUCCUCGCCGAAAUCAGUGGACCAGUGUAGCAUCUAUGGGUAAAAACGACAUAUGCAUUCUGUCUCUGUGCUCAACGGUUGUUUAUAUGCCGUUGGAGUUGAAAAAUACGACCCCCUUACCAACGAGUGGACCUGCAGUGGCUGACAUGAACGAGAAACGAUUGGGUGUAGCGCUGGCCGUUGUCAAUGGAAGGCUAUACGAGGUUGGUGGAGGAGACGGUCGUGACCUGGACACCGUUGAAGUUUUUGAUCCGGAGGCAAAUCAAUGGAUAAUUCAUAGCCGCAUGAAAGAGCGGUUAGUUGCCUUUUACGAUCCAAUGCUGGUGUGGGCGUUCUUCGGACGAGGUAGCAGUUCCAUCAGCAGUGAUUGGGAUACGAUUAAGGAGCUGAGCACACUUCUUCUGCCCUUCACUCCGUGUUAA